AUGACUUUAUAUGUAAUUUUAGUAUUCACGUUUUUGAUACAAACGGCGGUAUGUGAAUUAGAAUUCCCGGAGUUGGAAUUACAAAAUAAAAUCUUUAAGGGUUACAACACAAAUGUAAGACCAGUGAACAAUUAUUCUAAGCCAGUUAUUGUCACUGUUGGAUUAACGUUAAGAAAAGUUUUGCAUUUAAAUGAAAUAAGACAAUCAUUUAAAUCUACCAUUAAUGUGAAUCUCUACUGGUACGAUGAUUCACUACAAUGGAAUAAAUCUGAAUUUAAUGGAAUAAACAACAUUGAAAUUUCUUACAAUAGAAAUGUAUGGAUACCUGACUUAAUGAUUUACAAUGCUGUGGAGAAACCAGAAGAUCUUGGCAUAAAUGAUGCUUUUAUAAGAUUAAAUAAUAACGGACAAAUUUAUGUGUGGACUCAAACCAAUUUUGAAACAGCUUGCGAAAUCAAAACUAAAAAGUAUCCCUACGAUAUGCAGGUAUGUGACAUAGUCAUCACAAAAUUCAUGAGCUCCGAUUUGGAAAUAGACAUUAGACCUUUAGAAAAAUAUGUUAACAUGAACGAAUAUGUUGAAAUAGCGGAAUGGAAAAUUGAAGAUACUUCCGUUAAAACAACAGUCGAUCCAAUAAAUAUUUCAGUUUUCGUGGACACAGAUAUUUCAUCUGUCGAUGUUAUAAAUUACACAUCGAUUACAUAUACUUUAACACUGCAAAGGUCUUGCAAAUUGUGCUUUUUCAACAAUAUCCUACCCGUCAUGGUACUAGCAGCAUUAAAUUUUCUGACGUUUUUUGUACAUUGUGAGAGUGGCGAGAAACUGAGCUAUCCGAUAGCAAUGUUUCUAACAUUAGCGGUCUUUUUGACGAUCAUAACACGUUCCUUACCAGAGUCAAUUGACGGAGUCUCCUACCUGAGUUCAUACGUUACGUUUCAGUUGGCAGUCAGUGCAAUGAUUCUUCUGUGUGCCAUUAUUUCUUUGCAAAUCCACCACAAAAAGAGAAAGUCUAAGGCACAAAAUAGAGCAUGCCGACUGACAAGAUGUUUCAGACAUCAGCAAAUGGAAAUUAAAGAAUGUAAAAAUUACAAUGCUACUCCCACGGAAAAUCAUACGGACACAAAACAAUCUGAAACGGCUUCUCAAUGUAAUGAGAACUUAAAAUCAGAAGAUUUAUCUUAUGCAUUUGAUAAACUAAUGUUUAGCGUUUUAGGAUUGUGUGAACUUAUUGCUACAACAACAUUUAUCGUUCUCAUUUUAAAAUGA